UCUCUCUCUCUCUCUCUCUCCUACCUCUCGCCUCGCCAUCGCGCCAACCGCCGACGAGAUCGAGGCCAAGGCGAGGAGGAAGAGAUCCCCCCACGGAUCCGCCGCGAGAUCCAACCCUAUCACUGAUGCGAUCGCCUCCGUCUUAGCUCGGAUUCCCCUCCUGGAGGCUGGAGCAUGAUGGCGCAGGAGAGCGACCUGGAGCCGCUGCGCUCCGGGGCGCUGCCGUCGUCGGCGGACCCGGACUCGCCGUCGACCCCCAGGAGGAGCCGGGUGCGCGAGCUGCUGCGGAACCUGGACCGGCGGCUGUCCAGCCGGGGGCGGCACCAGCACCAGCACCACCACGCGGCGGAGGGCGGCGGUGGCGCGGCGGCGUCCCCCAGGGGCGGGGAGCCGGGGUCGGCGAGGGGGCAGGAGGACAGCGACGAGCUCGGGGACGGGGCGCCGCCCGAGUGGGCGCUGCUGCUCGUCGGGUGCCUGCUUGGACUCGCCACCGGCGUCUGCGUCGCCGCGUUUAAUCGCGGGGUGCAUGUCAUACAUGAAUGGGCAUGGGCAGGCACUCCCACAGAGGGAGCUGCUUGGCUUCGCCUGCAGAGACUUGCUGAUACAUGGCAUCGGAUAUUAUUAAUUCCAGUGACUGGUGGAGUUGUUGUUGGUAUGAUGCAUGGAUUACUGGAGAUAUUUGAGCAGAUAAGGCAGUCAUUAUCAUCUCAAAGGGAAGGCAUUGAUUUCAUGGCUGCAAUCUUUCCUACAGUCAAAGCAAUACAAGCUGCAAUUACUCUAGGGACAGGAUGUUCACUGGGGCCAGAAGGGCCAAGUGUUGAUAUUGGUAAAUCUUGUGCAAAUGGGUGUGCUGAAAUGAUGGAGAACAAUAGGGAACGGAAAAUUGCUCUUAUUGCAGCUGGAUCAGCUGCUGGGAUUGCUUCAGGUUUUAACGCUGCAGUUGCUGGAUGUUUUUUUGCUAUUGAAACAGUACUGAGGCCACUUCGAGCAGAGAACUCACCACCAUUUACCACUGCUAUGAUUAUACUGGCAUCAGUUAUAUCAUCAACUGUGUCGAAUGUUUUGUUAGGGGAGAAGGCAGCUUUUAUUGUCCCGACGUAUGAACUAAAAUCUGCUGCUGAGUUACCACUCUACCUUAUUCUUGGCAUGCUUUGUGGGGUAGUGAGCGUGGCAUUCAGGCAGUUGGUCGUUUGGUUCACCAAGACUUUUGACUUGAUAAGGAAAAAAUUCAGCCUCCCUGCUGUAGCAUGCCCUGCUUUAGGUGGUCUUGGAGCCGGUUUAAUAGCUCUAAGGUACCCUGGAAUCCUGUACUGGGGUUUCACAAAUGUUGAUGAAAUUCUACAUACCGGGAAAAGUGCCUCAGCCCCUGGAAUCUGGCUGUUAGCUCAGUUGGCUGCUGCAAAAGUUGUAGCAACUGCACUCUGCAAGGGUUCUGGUCUUGUUGGUGGCCUCUAUGCUCCCAGCUUGAUGAUUGGUGCUGCUGUCGGUGCUGUUUUUGGAGGCUCGGCAGCAGAACUAAUAAACUCUGCCAUCCCGGGUAACACUGCUGUUGCACAUCCUCAAGCUUAUGCGCUAGUGGGAAUGGCUGCCACUCUAGCUUCAGUCUGCUCAGUUCCAUUGACAUCCGUACUACUACUGUUUGAACUAACAAAAGAUUACAGAAUUUUACUUCCCCUGAUGGGAGCUGUUGGUUUAGCAAUAUGGGUGCCAUCUGUUGUAAACCAGCCUGGCAACAAAGAGACGGUUCAGGCUGCAUCUCCUCGGCAUGGUUACUCUUCACUAAUACCUCCUGCAGAUAGGAAUGAGACAGACUGGAGACGACCAGAUGGAGAUGAUGUUGAACUUGCAAUUAUAGAAGAUGAUCCCUACCGCUAUGGUAUCAACAAUGAGGAGAUGCUUCUUGAUGACUUAAAGGUAUCACAAGCAAUGUCAAAGCAUUUUGUUAAGGUUACACCUACAAUGACUAUCAAGGAGGCAACCAAGCUUAUGCAUGAUAAGCAACAAAGUUGUGUUCUUGUCGCAGACAGUGAUGAUUUUCUUGAAGGAAUUGUUACUAUUGGGGACAUUCGCCGGAAAGGAUUUCAAUUUGAAUUAAGUGAAGAUACUCCACGGACUGGGGGGAAUUCAUCUGACUUGGAUGAAAAUUCUUCUCUUGUUUCAUCAUGCCUCACUAGAGGGUUUCAGUACCAUGGCAAUGAAAGAGGACUAGUCACCUGCUUUCCUGAUACCGAUCUGAGCACUGCUAAGGUUCUCAUGGAAGUCAAAGGUAUCAAGCAACUUCCAGUGAUAAAACGGGGGGCUGGCCGUAGGAAUGAUGGAAGGCGUAAGGUCCUUGGCCUUCUUCAUUAUGAUUCAAUAGGCUGGUGCUUAAGGGAAGAGCUUGAGCGGUGGAAAGCCUUUAAUCAAAGAGAGAAUUUCCAGCAGCCAGCCGUUAAUGGCCAUUGAGCAAAAAGAAGUGCUGAAGUUUUGUUUGUACCUUUUAGUGAAGAGAAAUACCAAAUAUAUAAAAUGACAUUUCAACGUGAUUAGGGUUAACUAAAAAAACUCGUCAAAUGUAAAGUCUCUUGGAGUUACCAGCAUACACAUUUUGUGCCGAGAAAAUAUAUGAGGUAACGGUGUGAUCCAUUGUUAUUGGUGUUGAUA